CAAGAGGACGAACCUGCCCUGGUUCUGGGCGCGGGAGGCCGGCCCCGGGUCAGCCUGAGCCCGCGGUUGGCGUCCAUCGCGGCCGAAGCGAGGCAGCUGCGCGCCCUGGGCUGUCGGCUGCCUCCGGGACCUCUGCGCCAGCUCGAGGACACCGCGGCCCGCCUCGGACACCGGGCUCGACACCUUCAGCAGGUUGCGUCUUUCUACAGCACCGUGGCUGACCAGAUGAUUCCGAGCCAACGGCCGCUCAUGCUGGGACUGGCCGAGGAGUUGACCGGCGCUCUGAGACAGCGGGUGCCUUGGGGAGACGCUGCGGCGCUGGACGCCUUUGUCGGACGAUUGCGCGCCCUGGCCGCUCGGCUGGCUGGCCGCAACCGCCACCUGCGUGCCCUGCAUCUAGCAGUGUGCCGGAAGGUGAUGUCCCUGUUUGACCUCGACCUUGUGUGCCGGCAGCAAAGCUGGAAGGAUGUGCUCAAUGACAUCAGAGCUACCAUGGCCCAGCAGCAGGAAAGCCCCGAGCAAGUGCGCCCUUGGCGAGCCCACUGGGACCGGCAGCUGUACAAGGCCCUCGAGUGCCAGUACCUGCGUGGCCUCGAGACGCUGUUGCAGUACCUGCCCGAAACGCGCAUCGAGCUCACCUGCAGAAGCGGGCAGCUGUGCUUCCGUCCGCCGCUGGAGGAAGUACGCUCGCGCUACUACCAGCAGGUCAAGCGAUUCCUGGCUCUGCCACUGCACUUUCGCGGCGUCAGUGACGACCUCGCAGUGGACCAGAGCCUCGUGUUCUCAGUCAUCGUCGACCGGAACGCGCACCAGUUCGUGGACCUGUACAGGCGCACGCAGCGGCUCUUCGGCUCCGUCCAGGCCUCCGCGGGACGCUUCCAGGAAUGGGUGGCCCUGAGCUCACUGGACCUGCAGGCCUUUGCCGAGGGGCUGUCCCCGGAGGACUGGAAGAACAGCUUUCGUACUGUCAAGGCCAAGUGCCAGGAGUUUGGAAAAGCGUUCCCGGACGAGGAGCGCUUCGAGUGCCUGGUGGUGAGCUACGCGCCUGUGCGCUCGCACGUGGACUUCGCUCUCUCCGAGCUCGAGUCGGGACUGGUGCGCGAACUUCGCGCCUCGGUGGCACGCGACGCGGCCGCCGUGCGCUCCUACCUGGAGGCGUCCCUGGACGCGCUCGCCGGCAGUGCCCAGACGGCGGAGGAACUGGCGCAGCUGGGCGCGGCUUUCGGCCGCACCGUGUCCGGCCGCGACCAGGCUACUAACACGUACUCGGCCGCUCGCGACAAGCAGCAGUUGUUGGCACGCUGGUCCCGCCGCCCGCCACCCGCUGACAUGGACGGACUACAACAGCUGUGGGACACCCUGGAUGAGAGAUUGCACCAGCACAGGGACGUCGUCGCGCACCAGAUGGAAGUGCUGAAGGCCAAUGCGUCGGCCCGCCUGGAGAACUUCGAGCAGCUGCGGGAGCGCUUCCUCACCCGCUGGGAACAGGCACGUCCCCGACUGGGCGACGAGGCGGCCAACCUCCUGGGCGAGCUGCGGGCCGAGAUGGAUGCACUGCAGGACGUCCCUCCUGUUGCAUACAACGUAACUGUGCUCCUCAUUUUUUCUUGGUUCGCUGUAAUGUCGGGAAAAAGAAUGUUGUUGCCGAGGUGCCUGUUGCCUCGAGCGUGUUUCGUAAGGCUGCGGUGUGGUGGACACGACAGGAAGCACAAGGCAGCUUGUAUGCGCAGGUCCGAAGCGGAGCAACUGGGCCUGGCAGGACCUGGUGAGCUGGCGACGGCCGAGCAGGAACUGCGGGAGGCCGAGGCCGCCUGGGCACUACGCGAGCAGUUCCGCAAGGAGCUGCAGGAGCUGAGCCAACAGCAGUGGAUCCUCAUGAGGCACGUCGGUAGAACAGCAGCGAUGGCCAUGCUACCACUGUGCCGCGGGGAGGCCUUCUCGGCACAACACUGGGCCGAGCUGUUCCAGUUGGCCGAGGCGACUGGCAGGCCGCUGGAAGAACUGCGCCUGUCGCACCUGCUCGCCGUCGCACCCAAGCUGGCCACCAAGAAAGCUCAGCUCCAGGAUUUGAACAGCAGAGCCCGCUCGGAGGCGAACAUACGGACCAUCCUGAGCGAGCUUGACGUGUGGGGAAGCACGGCACGGUUUUCCCUGGUGGACCACACUGAUUCCGCAGGCAACAACAUGAUGAUCGUGCAAGAAUGGGCCCAAGUGCUGGGAAAGGUGGGAUCUCCUCCGCGCGUGGAUGCGACCACACAGGUCGGCGAGCUGCAGCUUCUGGUGCACUCCCUGGCCGAAGCGUGCCGGGGUGGGGGAUCCAGCGCCGGCCUGGCGGAUGGUGCUGCCCUGUGGGAGGAGCGGCUGGCACGCCUGGAGCCCGCGCUGCGUGGCCUUCAGCGCGUGCAGCAACAGUGGCUGCAGCUGGAGCCGCUCCUGGGCCCUCCACGCUCCCUGCUUCCCGACCAGGCACCCCGGUUCGAGGCCGCCAGCCGGCAACUGAGGGCCCUGAUGGCGGCCGUGGCCCGUGACGAGAGAAUCGUGCUCGUGGGCAGCACUGCCGAGACGCAGGCCCUGGACACCCUGGCCGACCAACUGGGCCGGUGCCAGAGGGCGCUGCACCAACACAUGGAGGACAAGCGUAGCCGCUUCCCUCGAUUUUACUUUCUGGGUGACGAGGACCUGUUGGAGGUGCUGGGCAAUCGUCCAAGCGCGGUGGAACCGCACCUGCGCAAGCUGUUCGCUGCCGUCCACCGCGUCGAGUGGGGCGACGACUGCGUCACAGCCGUGCUUUCGCCCGAGGGAGAGAAGCUCGUUCUCAGCCGGCCAGUGAAGCUGACACCGGACCCGGAGGUUUGGCUUGGUGAUCUGAGCCAGGAGAUCCGGUCCACGUUGCAAGCAUUGCUACGGGACAGUAUUGCAAGCCCGGGUCCAGACUCCUCGCUCUAUCCAGCCCAGGUGGUGUGCCUGGCCGAGUGGAUUCGGUUCACAGAAGCGUGCGAGGCCGCCCUGGACUCUGGGCGGUUGGCUCAGCUCCUGGACGAGGUACGCUCGCAGCUGUCCCUCCUGGCUGCCGCGGGAGCGCAGAUGGGCUCUCUGCACGCGCUGUUGAUCGACGCCAUUCACCGACUGGCGAUCGUCGAGGAACUCAGUGCCCGCGAUGUGCGCUCGGUCCACGACUGGCACUGGCAGAAGCAACUCAGGUUCUAUCUGCGCGACGGACGGGCUGUUGUUAAAAUGGUAGACGCAACUUUCGACUACACGUACGAGUACCAGGGCAGCGCUCCCCGACUUGUGUACACGGCUCUCACCCACAAAUGUUUCGUCAGUCUGACUCAAGGCAUGCGGCUGGGGGUUGGGGGCAACCCAUACGGACCAGCAGGCACUGGGAAAACGGAGUCGGUCAAAGCGUUGGGAAAUGCUCUGGGACGGCAAGUGCUGGUAUUCAACUGCGAUGAGAGCAUGGACGAGCGCUCGUUAGGCCGCCUGUUGGUGGGUCUGGCCCGUAGCGGUGCCUGGGGCUGCCUGGACGAGUUCAACCGGCUCGACGAAGGCGUGCUCUCGGCCAUGGCCGCACUCAUCGGCGACCUGCAGCUGGCGCUGCAUCACGGAAGACCGCACGUCCGCCUGCUUGGCGCGCAGGUGGAGUUGGACCGGAGUGCCGGUGUCUUCAUCACCCUCAACCCAGCGGGAAAGCAAUACGGAGGCCGCCAGCGACUUCCCGACAGCCUCAAGCAGCUGUUCCGGCCCGUGGCAAUGGCACAGCCGGACAGCGCAGACAUCGCACGCGCUCUUCUGCUGGCUGGUGGUUUCGAAGGGUCGCAGUCUCUGGCCGCUCGACUCGUGACGGCUUUCCAACUCGCCAGGCAUCGUAUACAUUUCCUUGCACCGGAAUGCACUCACGUGUCGGCCAUGCGUUCAUGCAGGGAGUUGCUGGUGCCCCAGCAGCAUUACGAUUGGGGCCUGCGUGCGCUCAAGAGCGUCCUUCUCGCCUGCGGACGAAUGCGGCUCGAUGCCACACCACCCUCGGACGCCGACGGUCGCCAGGCAUGGGAACAGGCCCUCGUGGUGCGGGCGGUGCGGCUCCAGGUGCUGCCCAAGCUGGCGGUGCGGGACUGCGGCCACUUCGAGAGGCUGCUGCGCGACGUUUUCCCUGGAGUCCAGUCGACGGAUGACGGUGCUGGGGAGGACGAGCUGUGGUCGGCACUUCGGGAGGCGUACGUCCACUUGGGACUCACCUGGGACGAAGCGCAGGUGCGCAAGGUGCUGCAGCUGCGCGAGCAGCUCUCCCAGCGCACCGGCGUCAUGCUGGUGGGGCCUCCCGGUUCGGGCAAGACAAGCGUUUGGCGUCUGCUGCAGCGGGCCAUCUACACGGCCUCCGCCGGACGAAAACCGCCGCCUCGGCUCUGGCUGCUCGGACCAAAGUCUCUGCCCCGUCAGCAGGCAUGUGCCGAUCUGAAAAUUGUACCGUGCUUCCGCCACUACAGAGUGUAUCAUUGUUAUGUGCACUGCGGUUAUGUUUUCUUUUAUCCCGAAGUGCCCAAGGAAGGCUCCUCGGAUGCUGCACAGCGCCGAACAUAUUUGCCAGGAGCCCUGCUGGGCUACGUCCACCCGGACACUAGGGAGUGGUGCGACGGAGUGCUCACGGCCAGCGCUCGCGAGGCCGCCAGGGAACCACAGGAAGUCUCUUGCUGGAUCGUCUGCGAUGGAGACGUAGACCCGGAGUGGGUGGAAUCCCUCAACUCGGUCCUGGACGAUAACCGCUUGCUGACGCUGCCGUCGGGCGAACGCAUCCAGUUCGGACCCAACGUGCACUUUGUGUUCGAGACGGACAGCCUGGCAGCAGCGUCGCCAGCCACCGUGUCUCGCGUGGGCAUGGUGUUCCUGAGUGCCGAGAACAGUCCGGUCAAGGGAAUCGUCACCUCGUGGCUCCAGGGGCAGCCGCAGGAGGGCGCCGCAGUGGCAGACCUCGUGGAGGAACACUUCUUUCGGGCUCUGCGCUUCACCCUGCAGAUGAAGGACUUCGUCCUUGAGACGUCCGCUACGGCAGUGGUACGCAACGCUCUGUCCUACUUACAAGGCGUCAAGACCAGGCCUGAGUUUGCGCUGGCGCUGGCUCGAGGGCUGUCCGUCAGCUUGGGUCCAAGUGGAAGAGACAAGGUCGCCAAAGAGAUUUUCUCUUGGAUGAAUGUGUCAGCGCCCGACCCCAGCCGUCCUCUGAAUUGCUACUGGCACAAGGGUACUGGCAGGCUGGCCAAGUACGAGCCACAGUCGUCGCGGGAGAUCAACCUUUCCGAGCUUCCGGCGACGCCCGUGGUGGAGACGGUGGACGUCUGCAAUGCCAUGGACGGGCUCACUCCGUGGCUGGCGUCGCAAGAGCUGGUGAUCAUUGCUGGACCAGACUGCUGCGGCAAGAGCGUGUUGCUGUCUCACUGCCUGACGCGGCUGCCGGCUCCGUGCGAGGUCCGCUGGCUGUCCUGCACGGCGCAGACCGGCGCCGCCCAGGUGUCGCGCGCCCUGCGCCAGGCGUGCGCCCCGUGCGCCGGCGGCGGGCUGCAGCCUCGGGGCGCCGCCGGCUGGCUGGUGCUGUGCCUGCGCGGUCUGGGCGCGGCGCGCCGCGACCGCUGGGGCUCGUGCCAGCUGGCCUCCUGGCUGCAUCAGGUGCGCACCCACGGCGGGUACCACGACCCCGCCGAGGCCGGCUGUCCGUGGGUGACGCUGCAGCGAGUCCAGCUGGUGGCCACCGUCGCGCUGCCUGCGAACGCGCUGCCGCCCAGGCUGCUGUCGGCAGCGCGCGUCUUCGCCCUCGGGGCUCCGCAGCCACCGGAGCUUGCGCUAAUAUGUGACGCCUACCUGCGGCCGGUAACUCGGCAUCUGGCUGAAGGCAGCUUGGCCGACCAACACGAGGCCCUGGCCGCUUCUAUGGUUACCCUUGUGCAGCAGGCUCAGUCUCGGCUGCCCGCUGCUGCCGAGAGGUUGACUGUGCGGCUACUGACCGACUGGGUGCGGGGCCUGGUGCGCUACACUGCGCCGGACGCGCAAGGCCUGCUGGCUUGCUGGGCACACGAGGGCUGCCGACUCUUCAGGGACCCGCUGGCCGACGACGCGGACCGCGCGCAGCUGGACGCCCUCUUGGCAGGCGUUCUGCGCGCCCAUUGGCCCCAACAUUCGUCUGCGAUUCUGCAACGCGAAAACGAAGUCGUCUACGUGUCCAAGCCUGGCGACUCGUCGACAAAAACAGCCGCGUGGGGAAGCCAGCUCGAUAAGCUUGAUUUGAAAGAUUGGAAUGACGCUGUUCUCAAGACAGUCAGAGAAUGUGGUGCGUACGCGGUGCCAGUGCACGAGUGGCUGUCGCUAGUGGCCCAAGCCGACUGGGCUCUCGGACGACCGACCGGCUGGAUCCUGGUCGGCGGUGCCUCUGGAAUGGCCCGACGUCUGGCGGUGCGCCUGGCUGCCCACCGAGCUCGGCUGCCUUGCGUCUCUCCCAGAGGUCGGUCGCUGGCCGCCAGCCGAUCCGACCUGCGUCCGCUGGUGCAGUCGGCCGGGCUCGAGGGCCAAAGGGCGGUACUGCUACUUGAGGACCAACAGCUAGACGAGGACUCGCUCGACCUGCUGGCCGCCCUGUGGGCAACAGGCGAGGCUCCCGGACUCUUCCGGCCCGACGAACUUGACCUAGCGCCUCUUCUGCAGGAAGGGGAGCCCGAAGCCGACGGGCUCGCACCCUGGGAGAAUUUCUGCCGCCGUGUACGGAGGAACUUGCACGUGGCACUGGUCCUGGACGCUUCGUUCGUCCAGCGCCACGCAGAGCGUCACCCGUGGCUGCGCAAGGGCUGCAGCGUGCACUGGCUUUCAUCCUGGAGCCGCGACAGCUUCAAGCAGCUUCCCGCCCUCGUGUUGGACUCCAGCAGCGUGGGUAGCCAGAGUGCGCCCGACGCGGCCCUGUUCCUCCAAUUGCACGAGGCGUGCCUUUCGGGCGGCCUCGCUGUCGGCCCCAGCCACUACUUUACCGUGGUGUGCGCCUUCCGCGAUGUCUUCGCUCAGCAGAAGGCGGAAAUGGAGGAGUCCAAGAAGCACUUGCAGCUGGGCAUAUCCAAGCUCAACGAGGCCAAGGAGGCGGUCUCCAAGCUCGAGGCAGAGGCGGCUGUUCAGCGAAAACUUCUGGCUGAAAAGCAAGGCGAAGCUGACGCUGCACUGCAGCAGAUAACCAGCAGCAUGACGAGCACCAGCGAGCAAAAGGCGGAGAUGGAGCAACUGCGGGCCACGAUGCGCCAGGAGAGCGAGCGACUGAAAGAACGCAAACAGCACAUCGACCGCGAGCUGGCCCAGAUCGAGCCGCUCGUACGAAACGCUCAGCAGGCGGUUGGGAGCAUACGAUCAGACGCCCUGUCAGAGAUCCGCUCACUCAGGGCGCCCCCUGACGUCAUCAGAGACAUCCUGGAGGGUGUGCUGCGGCUCAUGGGGAUCUUCGACACCUCGUGGGUCAGCAUGAAGAGCUUUCUGGCCAGGAGGGGGGUCAAAGAAGAAAUCAUGAGCUUCAACGCACGCUCCGUCACACCCGAGAUCAAGAACAGCGUCCAGGAGCUUCUACGCACCAACGGCGCAUCUUUUGACAUGAAGAACGCAAAGCGUGCCUCUGCUGCCGCGGCACCCCUGGCGGCCUGGGUGCAAGCGAACGUCCAGUACGCCGACGUUCUGCACAAGAUCGGCCCUUUGGAAGCGGAGCAGGCCGAGCUGCAGCGGAAACUCUCGGGCGCCGAACAACGCCUGGGCAAGCUCGGCUCGGCGCUGGCCGGCGUCGACGAGCGAGUGUCCGAGCUGCGCGAGCGGCUGGGCGCCUGCACCCGGGAGGCUGCCCGCAUCGAGAUGGGGCUGCGCGACUCGGACGCCCGGCUGGCCGCGGCCCAAGACCUGCUCGCGCAGCUCGAGGGUGAGCACGCGCGCUGGUCGCGGCGCUUGGGAGCCUUGGAGGCCCAACCGCUGGCCCAGCGCUGUCUGUUGGCCUCGGCGUGCGCCGCCUACCUGGGCGCACUGCCGGCGGCAAGGGAGGAGGCUCGCUCCAAGCUGCUGCACCGCUGGCGUCGGCUGCUGCCCGAGCUGCAGCAGCAGGGCGUGCCGGGCGAGCUAGCGCAACUGCUCAGCUCUGAGAAGGAGCAGCUUGCCUGGAGGGCCCAGGGCCUGCCUCCCGACCGGCUGUCGAUUGAGAAUGCCGCCCUACUGCUCCUGCCCCUGCCACAGCGGCCAUUCAUCAUUGACCCGUCGGGACAAGCCAGUCGCUGGCUUCAAAGCCACCUCAAGGACCCACAACUGAUCACCCAACAGGACCCGACGUUCUUAGCAACUCUGGAGCUGUCCGUCCGACUAGGUAAGGCGCUCCUCAUACAAGACGUGCAGCAGCUCGACCCCAUCCUGUAUCCGCUACUGAGGAGAGACCUCAUUACUCAGGGCUCACGGCAGGUGGUACACAUUGCGGACAAGGCGGUGGAUUACAGCGACGAGUUUCGCUUAUUCCUGCUCAGUCAGGACGCCGAAGCCACGCUGCCACCGUAUGCAGCGACGCUGGUGCGCACUAUCGACUUCAGUACUACCGAGGCAGGACUCUGCGACCAGUUGUUGCAGGUGGCGUUGCAGGAGGAGAGGCCCGAACUGGAGGAGCGUCGCCAAGCACUGCUCCACGAGGCGGACACACUGCGCCUGCAGCUGUCCGAUCUUGACACGCGCCUCUUGGAUCUCCUCCUGUCGGGCGACUUUUUGCACAACCAGGAGUUGCGCCAGGCACUGCAGGAGGCUAAGGCUAGUGGCGCGCGCGCGGAGACGUCCCUGGCCGAGGCACAGAGGCUGCAGGCGUCGCUGGAGAACGAGCGGGCCGUGUACGAGCCCGUCGCGAGGCUCGGAGCACGCCUCGUAGGACUGCUCGAUCCGUUGGCGCGGCUGGGACAUACAUACCGAUGGGGCAUGGCUGGACUGGUUGACCUCUUUCGGCGAGCACUGCGACAACCGGGCACUAAUGGAAAAAAGAAGGAUCUGAAGCUGAUCGAGCGCACGUUGGUACACCUUGUCUACGAGUACGCUGCGCGGUCCCUGUUCAAGAAGGAUCACCUGACAUUUGCCCUGCAUCUGAUCCACGGUCUGCGUCCUGACCUCUUCAGAGAGAACGAAUGGGAAUCGCUCACGGGCACUCUGGUGAAGGGCACCACACAGCACACAGAGCAGCGGCCCAGCUGGUUGAUCGAGGACCGGUCGGCCGCCCUGUCGCAGCUGAAGGCCACGCUGGGCCCCGAGCUGUGGUCCGCGCUGCGUCUCGAAGAGGCGUCCCUGUGGCAACCAUUCGCCCGAAGCGGCCACUGUGAGGAGCAGCUGCCCGAGCACGCAACGCGUUGUUUGAGCCCGUUCCAGCAGGCGCUGUUGGUGCAGUGCCUGCGGCCCGACCGGGCGCUCUCGGCGUUGGGCCGCUUCGCCUGCCGUGCUCUCGGACUGCAUGGCCUUAAUCCCGGUGCUGUACCCUUACAACGACUGCUGCAAGACGGCGGGCGUCCGCUCUUGCUAGUCACUGCUCCUGGGGCGGACCCUGGUCAAGAACUACGCGAUGCCGCUCAGGGACGACUACAACAGGUCUUUCUUGGCCGGGGAGCGCAGCAGCAGCAGGCGGCCCAGGAUGCGCUGCGACGUUACUCCCAGACGAAUACCUGGCUGUGGCUGGCCAAUCUUCAUCUGGCCACGCAGUGGUUACCUUUCCUGGCACAGGAGUUGGCGCGACUGGAGAAGAACCCGGAGUUCCGGCUCUGUCUGAGCACGGAACCGCACCCAGCCCUCCCGAGCGCGCUGCUAAAGGCCUGCCUCACCGUCGUGUACGAGCCGCCAGCCGGAGUGCGCAGGAGCAUGCGGCGUACGUACGACGCCUGGGGCCCCUCUGCGCUCAACGGCGCCAGCCUCCUGUGCGCGCAGGCCCUCUUCGCGCUCGCCUGGCUGCACGCAAUCCUGCAGGAGCGGCUGUCGUACGUGCCCCAGGGCUGGACCAAGCGCUACGACUUCAGCGAGGCCGACCUACGCGCUGGAGCGGAUGCCGUGCGGAGGCUAUGCGGCCGCAGCGGCGGCGGUAGCAGCAGCGGACCUGGUCCCUGGGAGACUCUGCGUGGUCUGUUUGAGCUGUCCGUGUACGGGGCGCAUCUGGACGACCCGUUCGACCGGCGGGUACUGGGUGCCUACGUGCGCCAGUAUUUCGACCAGAGCACGCUGCCCGGCAGCGAUCGCAAGGAGCCGGCACAGCUGGCCCAGGGAGUCCGCGUGCCCACGUCGACCAGCCUCCAGGCGCACAUACAGCUUAUCGAGCAGCUCCCGGACGAAGAUCCUGGUGGCUACCUAGGACUGGCGGCCAACGUGGAGGGAUCGGUACAGCGACUCGGUGCCCUGUCCCUGGUUGCCGAGCUGCGUCGUUUGCAGGCUGGGGCAGGCGGCUCUCGGCAGGCUGCUGGAGCGGAUCAACUAGCACCGCUGCUCAGCCUCUGGAAGAGCUUGCACCAGGGCGGUGUGCAGGCGCCGCCGGCUGACGACGGCAACGAAGAGGAGGAAGAAGAUGCCGUGGCCAGCUUCCUGCGCCAGGAGCGCGCGCACGCGGCCAAGCUGGUGCACCAGGUGCACUCGACCCUGGCCGCCGUGAGCCGGGCGCUGCGCCAGGCGAGCUGCUCGCUACCGGAAGCCGCCUCGGCGCUGACCAACCACACGAUUCCCGAUGCAUGGCUCUCUCUGUGGUCUGGAGGCCGGCAGUGGGUGCCAGAGGCGUACCUGCGUGCUGUGGCAGGUCGCGCACAUGCCUUGGCCCAGUGGCACUUUGGACAAGGCCAGCAGCUGCACCUGGGCCAGCUGCUGCGACCGGGGGCCUUCCUCAGCUCCUGGCGCCAGCAGACCGCUCGGCAAAUGGGCAUGGCUGUGGACGAGCUUCAGCUGGAGGCAUGGUGGGAGGCGGGAGAGGACAGGCCCCCUCUCUGGGCAACCCUGGUGGGUCUUCAAUGUGAGGGGGGCCUCCUGGAGGAUACACGACUUCGCCCCUGCCGUCCCGGCGCCCCCAGCGUACUGCCUGUGCCCCCCUGCUCCGCUGCAUGGAUGCGCAAGGGCACCCGGAAGCACUCUGGAUGCUCAGUGGUGAGCCUGGCAGUGUACACCAACACGGAGAGGCAAGAGCUGGUUGCCACCCUGUCUGUGCCUUGCGAAGGAAGCCCGGAACAGUGGCUGCUCAGUGGUGCUGCUCUUUUCUUAUCCACAUUAGACUAGGAAAAACAAUGCUGAGGUGAAAAAUAAUGGACUCCUUAUUUUGCAAAUGUGAAAUAAAUGUUAUUUACAACAAUUUCGACUGUUUGCAUGCCUUUUAUGAAGAUCUCUGUGAUGAGUAGGACAGCAAACUGGAUGCUUUUCCAGUCAACCUUUGUAAGUUUCCUCACUUCAUAAUCUCUCACUGCGUGAUGUUCACAGCUAGAACAGCAGUCACAUGCAUGUUGUAAGUAAAUAAGAAGGGUGAUCAUGGAGACGUGUUGAGAUGAAAAUGAAUCUUGCAUGGUGAACUGAGCAGUUACCGUGAGGAAAAAAAAAAGAAGAAA